CUGUGGUACCGCUUCAGACGAACCAUCAAGACCUCUGUGGCGGUCUGUGUCCUGGUCUGGGCCAUUCCUCUUGUAUAUUUUCUCACUUUGCAUGUCUGCCAUGUUUAUGUGCUAGAAUCAAUACUCUUUGCCGUCAUUUUCCUCCUUCCCUUCCCACUGUUAAUCUUCUUCCUGGUUGGGACCCUCAGAGCCCUGUCUGCUUCCAUCUCUGUCCCCUCUGAUGAAAAACGAAGAAUUGUGGGAAUUUUGGUUCUGGUGCUGCUUAUUUACACGCUGCUGUUCCUGCCCACCAUCAUUUGUUAUCUGGGAGUAUUUGACUAUGACGAGCACCUCUUGUUCCUGCCUUUCAUCUUUGUUAGGUUGAGUCCUCUUGCAGACUUGGUCCUGUAUGUCUUCAUGAGGAAAGGGGUCAUAGACAAGCUUUUGGCCUCUGUGUGUUGUUGCAGAAUAGAUAGCAAAGAUAUCAGCAGUCCAUCAGUAUGAAUGCAUCUUAAGACGUGUUCAUGCACAUUUUAACUUAGUUGUUUACUUUUCUUUGUUAGUAAUAAUGAUAAAUAAAGUAAUGUAUUUUUACCCCAAACUGUGUGUAUUUUUUAUUAUUUUUGUACAGAUGA